GGUUCUUGUACUUCAGAAUUAUCUGGUAGUGGCAGACCAGGAUUCUGGACUAGAUGGAUUUCAGGUCUCAUCCAUAAUGGCAAUUCAAAUGUUUUGAUCCCUCUACAUGCCUGGAGUCCCUUUGAAGUGAGUCCAGGGGUCAGCAUGUGCUGAGCUCCUGGCAAGAUUGAGGCUGAAGAACCUCAUUCUGCAGUUCUGCAUGUGAAGCCGUUUUAGAAUUUAGUCUGUGACUCAAGGAAAAGUGGUAAUCAUUACAGUAUUAGCCUUUCAAAUAGUGUAAUAGGCAGUAUUCUAUGUGUAGGGUCCAGUCCUGUCACCAUUUAAGUGUAUAGUUGGUGGGAUUACUCCUGUGUAAAGUUAUACAUUUAAAUGUGGGCAGGAGUGGGGCCUAGUUUUAAUGUAAUAUUUUACAAUAAACACUGGCAGGUAGGCUUUAAGGCGGGAUCUCUGGAAUCUGGGAGCAGAUGUAAUAAAGUCAGGGUAACGUGUGAACGCACAGCUGAUUGUUGCAUGCAGACUGCUUCACUUCAGAGGAAGAUCAAGAAUGCAGAGAUGGAAGAAAGAAAUAAGUCCAUCUGAAUUGGUUGGGAGAGAGAUUCUCUUCUGGAAGCUGGAGAACAAGUAUGGGGGAGUGUGGGAUAUUCUCUGGAAGGCAGCUGAAAUUAUGGUUGUUCUAGACCCACCUUUUAAUAUACUUGUUACACAUAGUACUUUUCGGCUCAGAAGGACUCUGUCUAUGGAACAUUUUUUGGGGUUGGUUCCUGUAUGUGAGACAAGAAUAAAAUAGAUUUAAGAAAAAGUUUCCCAGCCCAAGUAUAGCAGUUUCAUAUGCUAUAAAUAUAAUUUAUUUAAAGCCUUUAGAAAUUUGGCGUUUCCAUAUCUUCUCCACUGCCACACACACUCUUUCUAUCAGUAUGUUGGGCAUAAUAAAGCUUAGGAGAACUAUUUUUCCCAGGAUUUACUUCCUAACUAUGGAGAAAUUUAAAUUCUCUGAAGGAGGCAGGUCCUAAUGUUGGUAUUUAUCAGAUAUGCACCUCUUCUACAAUGUUGUGGAUUUUGUUGGUCGAGGCAGUUUCUUUUGUAUUCUUUCCAUUGUCUUUGUCACUAAAAUCUAUAAUUAGUGCACCUCAUGAAGGCACAGUCAAAUAUAAAAGUAUCAUAUUAAAAAUCCUUACUUUUUAAAUUAAUGAACACCUUUUGAUUAUUAAAACACUCUGAUUUAAUUGUUUGCAUUUCUCUCCUUUUGGACUAUCAUAUGAGAGUGGUCUUUUCAUUUUUGCUUAUGGUCAAUUUUGCAUGUAGAAGAUGCUGUGACUUAUGUUUGGGUUUCCCUACGCUGGAGAGGAUCUAUAAACGGUGUGUGUAUGCAGGUGAACUUCCAUUGGAAUUUAGGUUUUGUGAUUUUUCUUCUGUACCUAUCUAAGUUACAGGCCUAAAGUCAGUUGAUGACAUCUGUUUUUAGUGUAAAGGGAAAACCCUCCCACAACAUGUGGAUGGAAGACUGCAUUUGGUGAGAUGCAUUGUCAAGCCUGCCAAAUCAGAGAUUAACUAUGCAGGAAAUCAGAUCUAACGAAGAAUCUACUGAUGAUUCUGAGGAAGAGGAGAGUGAAGAAGAACCCAAGCUGAAGUAUGAAAGGCUUUCUAACGGAGUGACUGAAAUUCUCCAAAAGGAUGCAGCCAGUUGCAUGACCGUGCAUGAAAAGUUUUUGGCACUUGGCACACACUAUGGCAAGGUUUAUUUACUUGAUGUCCAGGGAAACAUCACCCAAAAGGUUGACAUUAGCCCGGUGAAGAUAAAUCAGAUCAGCCUGGAUGAAAGUGGAGAACAUAUGGGCAUAUGCUCGGAAGAUGGCAAGGUGCAGGUAUUUGGAUUGUAUUCAGGAGAAGAAUUUCAUGAAACAUUUGACUGUCCUAUUAAAAUUGUUGCUGUCCAUCCUCAAUUUGUAAGAUCCCAUUGCAAACAGUUUGUAACAGGAGGAAAAAAGUUGGUAUUAUAUGAGAAGACUUGGAUGAACAGAUGGAAACCUUCUGUUUUACAUGAAGGAGAAGGAAACAUAAGAAAUGUAAAAUGGAGAGGACACUUAAUUGCUUGGGCUAAUAAUAUGGGUGUGAAGAUACUUGACGUGAUCUCCAAGCAAAGAAUUACCAAUGUGCCUCGUGAUGAUAUAAACCUUCGCCCAGAUAUGUAUCCCUGCAGCCUUUGCUGGAAGGAUAAUUUAACACUGAUUAUUGGCUGGGGAACUUCAGUAAAGAUAUGUUCGGUAAAGGAGCGGCAUGCCAGUGAAAUGCGAGACCUGCCCAGCCGCUAUGUAGAAAUAAUUUUCCAGUUCGAUACUGAAUUCUACAUCAGUGGACUUGCACCUCUCUGCGACCAGCUUGUUGUACUUUCAUACGUAAAGGAGGUUUCUGAGAAAACGGAAAUGGAAUGUUGUGCAAGACCUAGACUGGAUAUUAUUCAACCUCUACCUGAGUCUUGUGAAGAGAUCUCCUCUGAUGCUCUGACUGUUAGAGGAUUCCAAGAAAAUGAAUGUAGAGAUUAUCAUUUAGAGCAUUCAGAGGGUGAAUCGCUAUUUUACAUUAUUAGUCCAAGAGAUAUUGUUGUGGCUAAAGAGAGGGACCAAGAUGACCACAUUGACUGGCUUCUUGAAAAGAAGAAAUAUGAAGAGGCUUUGAUGGCAGCUGAGAUCAGUCAGAAGACCAUAAAAAAACAUAGGAUUUUGGACAUAGGCUUAGCCUAUAUAACUCAUCUAGUUGAGAAAGGAGAGUAUGACUUGGCUGCCAGAAAAUGUCAGAAAAUACUUGGAAAAAACACAGAACUCUGGGAAUUUGAAGUUUAUAAAUUUAAAGAAAUAGGACAACUUAAGGCAAUUAGCCGUUAUUUGCCGAGACGGGAUCCAAUUCUGAAGCCUCUCAUCUAUGAAAUGGUCCUGCAUGAGUUUUUGGAGAGUGACUAUGAGGGUUUUGCAAUGCUGAUAAAAGAGUGGCCCGGAGAUCUCUAUAACAAUGCGAUCAUAGUUCAAGUAGUAGUGGAUCACCUGAAGAAAGAUCCACAGAAUAGGACCUUGCUCAGAACUCUUGCAGAAUUAUACACCUAUGACCAACGCUAUGGCAAAGCUCUUGAAAUUUACCUAACGCUGAGACAUAAAGAUGUUUUCCAGUUGAUCCAUAAACAUAAUCUUUUCAGUUCUAUCAGAGACAAAAUUGUUCUACUCAUGGAUUUUGAUUCAGAGAAAGCAGUGGACAUGCUAUUGGAUAAUGAAGAUAAAAUUUCAAUCGACAAAGUUGUAGAAGAAUUGGAAAACAGACCUGAGUUACAACAUGUGUAUUUGCAUAAGCUUUUCAAAAGAGACCAUCAUAAAGGACAGAGGUACCAUGAGAAACAGAUCAGUCUCUAUGCUGAAUACGAUCGUCCAAACCUGCUGCCGUUUCUCAGAGACAGCACACAUUGUCCAUUAGAGAAGGCUCUUGAGAUCUGCCAACAGAGGAACUUUGUAGAAGAGAUGGUCUAUCUGCUGAGCAGAAUGGGGAAUAGCCGUAGUGCAUUGAAGAUGAUAAUGGAAGAAUUGAAUGAUGUAGAUAAGGCUAUUGAAUUUGCCAAAGAACAAGAUGAUGGAGAACUAUGGGAAGACCUCAUUUUAUAUUCUAUCGACAAACCACCUUUUAUUACUGGUUUGUUAAACAACAUUGGUACCCAUGUUGACCCCAUUCUUCUGAUUCACCGCAUUAAGGAAGGCAUGGAGAUUCCUAAUCUGAGAGAUUCACUGGUGAAAAUUCUCCAGGAUUACAAUUUGCAGAUUUUGCUACGUGAGGGAUGCAAGAAGAUACUUGUUGCAGAUUCAUUGUCCCUAUUGAAGAAAAUGCACCGAACUCAGAUGAAAGGCAUCCGUGUGGAUGAGGAGAAUAUCUGUGAAUCGUGUCUUUCCCCUAUACUUCCUUCAGAUGCAUCCAAAUCCUUCAGUGUGACAGUGUUCCAUUGCAGGCAUAUGUUUCACAAAGAGUGUCUCCCUGUACCUAGCACAAUGUCCCCAUUGCAGUUCUGCAACAUCUGCAGUGCUAAGCACAGAGGACCAGGCAGUGCGAUCUUGGAAAUGAAAAAAUAGCAUUCUCCAUAUACUCUCACGCAUGUCUAUGACAACUGUUUUGUGGCACUAAGCAGUGCCAUUGAUGAUGAUGCUGUUAAGAGAUUGUAUACAAUUCUGAGUGUGAUUUAAAACAAAUUUCUAAAAAUUAUCCAAUUUACUGAAAUUUCCUUCUAUAUCUCCAGAAAGAAAAGGGGCAAAAACAGUAUAUAUUCACCUGAUACAUCUUUGUUACACAAUGCAGAUUUCACUAGUCAUAUGCUUGUUCUUCAAUAAGUAAUGAAAAUAUAAACCUAAAUAGAAACAAUAAAAUUUGUAGAUUAUUCUUGGCACAUUGUAUUACAGAAUGUGUGUACCACAGUUUGAAACUAAAUCAGAAACUACAGUUAGAAAUUUGUAUGCAAGGUCAGUAUGUAUAGUUCUCAUUGAUUUCAGUGGGACUGCUCAAAUACUUAAAGUUAGGAAGUUAGUGCCUUCCUGAAUUGAUAACUAAAUAAAUAAGUUAUUAAUAAGUUCCAGUGACUACCUUUUCACCCAUCUUGUUAGAAACUGGUUAUUUUAUAUCAUUUGCAGACAUGACCUCCAUGAUGCUUUCGUUUGUAUAGAUAUUUACUAUGUUAAGCAAAUCCUUUUUUUUUUUUUUACUGGAAAGUUUUUAAAUGUUACCAGUGAGUGUCUUUAGUCUGUUGCUUAAAAACUAUAACAACAGUAUACCUCUUGAGUUGCUCAAAUAUAGGAAAACAUCCGGGCUUUACAAGAAAAUAUCUCCAAGAGCUUCCUGUGACGACAUAAACCAAAAGAGAGAGAGUCAAAUAACUAUAGUUUAUGACGACAACAAAAAUGCAGUGAUUUUUUUUCUUGUUUCCCUGAUGCUCAGUUUUUAUUAUUGAUCUACAACAUAUAGAUCCCAGGGGGAUCAAUCUUCAAAAGAUGAAAAAAUUAUACAGAUACCACCUCUUCAGAGUUAUUGCCACCUUUCUGGUAUAUGUAAAAUAUGCAUGCAGUAUAUGUGAGCUCUUCAACUGAUCACUCUUGUCUAUUUUCUUUCACCUUCAUAAGUGACAGAGUCAGUUCCUCAGCUGAUGUAAAUUGGCAUCACACCCUUGAGAUCAAUGGAGCAAUGCUAAUUUACAUCAUCUGAGGAUGUGGCCCAGAGUAUUUAACAAAUCAGUGCUUCAUUUUUUUGUUGACCCCUGUUGAUGCUUUACAGGUACAUUAUAAAUGGGCUUUGUUACCUCUGGUGAUAGUAAUGCUGUGUAUCAAUUAAUAUUGGAAAUAAAAUUGUAAGUAUUGCAUUAUGCAA